ACUAAUCGCUCAGGCUUUAUGCGUGUGAAAGAGACUCGUGUGUCUUUAAGAGAGCCGCAUUACAGGUGGGAUGACGCUGUCUGAGAGGCUCCGUGGUGGGGACGAUGCGCUUCGUGGGUUAACCGCACUCAUUUCAGCCCAUCUCUGAUGCUCAAGAAAAGGUGGUGUCUAUUAUUCACUUCCGAAGACAGCUCAGUGAUUCUUUUCUUCAGACCCAACGCUAAUGCUGUAUCCAUGUGCAAUGCUUUUGACAGCUUUACCCCAACUAAAUCUAAAGGUUGAUGACCCUAUUGAUAUGCUCCCCAAGUCAAGAAAAGCCCUUAGCAUCCAGGAAAUUGCAGCUCUGGCCAGAUCAUCAUUUAAUGGCAUCUCACAGGUGGUGAAAGAUCACGUGACCAAACCCACGGCCAUGGCUCAGGGUCGGGUGGCUCAUCUGAUUGAGUGGAAGGGCUGGUCUAAGCCCUCAGACCCUCCAUCUGCUACACUGCAGUCCCACUUUAACUCCUACUCCCAUCUCAGCGAGGGUGAGCAGGAAGCCCGGUUUGCAGCAGGUGUGGCUGAGCAGUUUGCCAUUGCAGAGGCGAAGCUCCGUGCCUGGACCUCUGUAGAUGAGGAGGAGACAGACGAAGAGUCUUAUGAAGAGGAUCCUCCUCUAAAUGACGAGUCAACCACAACAACUCUGAGCUCAGAUGCUGUAUUUUCCAAUCAAAGCUGCCCAGUGCCAAGUCAGGCUGAGACGGACACUGCUGAAAUCCCAUGCUCUGACAGCACACUCAGUCAAUCAGAAGCAGACGACCCGCUCAUGUCAGAAGAAGUGCCACCACAUGCCCAAGAACUCCAGCUUUCAGAAGGCGAAGGCGACAGCUCCACUUGUGCGGUUCACAAACCAGAACGCAGGCCUUUGUGGAGCAAGGGAGACUCCUGCUACUACUCCACCUCCUACUCCGAGUCUGGGCUUUCACCUGAGGAUGAAGAGGAGGAGGAGGAUGGAAGAGAGGUGGAGGAAGGGGAGGACAACGUCUUUCAGGAUGUCAUCCGCUGGUACAGACACUGCCGAAGCAUCUCUGAUACCUCUGGAGCUGUGUCUUUUGAUGAGGAGGGGGAGGAGGAAGAACAGGAAGAAGGUAGCCUAUAAACUCCCAUUGUAAGGAAAAGAGCAGCAUGAACAUUCAUCAUAACUUCAAAGAUCGAGUAACUGAAGAAAGGAUUUCCAUUUUUGAGAGAACUUCUCUAAUCUCUUCCUCUCCCUCCCUGCUUCCUCUUGAUCUACAUGUUCUUCAUUUGAAAUGAGCGUCCAAGAAACCACGGUACUGUUUCCUCGUUCAAGUGGCGAGUAGGAUGAUAGUGACAUUCAGAGAAAUGCGGACGUGAUGCUCAUUACCUGUGACGACACAUCGAGAGACUGGAAUCUCUCUCUGAGGAACAUGGUUUCAAACGUUUUCCUUUUGUGACUGUUCAAAAGUGACGUAAUGCUCAUAGUAAAAUGUUGUUAAUACUGCAGUUUCCUGAGGGACAGAAAAAGCCCAGUUGUUCAUUUUGUUUGGGUUUAGAUGUCACGCUGCAAGUGCUUGUGUGUCUCGGCUUGCUCCAGGAGGGUUCUGCUCUGAUGGAGCGUUGUAACUAUGAAUAGAAUGUGCCUGUUAUUAUGA